AUGCCUUUAACUGUUACUCUUAGCAGCUCAACUCAAACAACCGAUGGUCCGCUAACAUCGCAGCUUAUUGGCUAUCAAGGUGAACACUAUAAUGGUCAGUUUCCUGCUUUUAUCAAUCUAUUCAUUGCUUCGGAACGAACGGUAGCGCUGGAAUUCCCUGGCUGGUACAGGAAAAAUUGGAGGGAUGACUAUAAAACCUAUCUCGUCUUACUCUCUGUUGGUCUCACAUUGCAACCCACAAAAGAUGAGCUACGUCGACAGCGGAUGAUGCUAGCAAUUGCAGGGAUUUCUGUGAUUUUAGUUUCUAUUCCGAAUCUCGUCUUGAUCCUCAACGAAUGGAAAGUUCCAGAAGUAAAUGCUUUGUUUGUAGGUGACUGGCACAUCAAGGAGGACUACGACCCGGUGCUGAUAGGACUGCGAGCAUGUGGUAAAUGUGCCUCAAAGCCGCUCACGUCAAACUUGUGUCGAAUUCCGAAGACUACCAGGGAAUUGCUGGAAAGAAGAUUGUCUUUGAGGCUUAAUCCAAAUCCAUCGCACAUUGAGCAGCAGAAGAAGAUUCUAGAAGCAGCACAAAGAAGGGCAAGUGUAAAGGAGUGUCGCAGGGACCUGCGCGAAUAUAAUAUCUCACUAGCAUCCUUGCUUAGCGAAGACUGGACUCACACCUAUUCUCGUCGUGAGAUGGAAAUCAUUACCCAUGUGACAAAGUCGAUCAUCCCCACUGGUGAAGCUUAA